AUGGCGAAGGACCUUACGCGCCUUUUCGCAGAAUUGCGGGAUGAGAUGAGGACCGAGUGGAAAUCCUUGAGGGAAACGAUAGAGAGGGACUUUCGCAAUGAAAUUCGUGACCUCCGUUCAGAUAUACGGGAAGUGAAGUCUAGUAUGGAUUUUAUAAAUGCUGAAUUUGAGAACAUGAAGAAGAAAGUUGCAAACGAAGUCGAGACAGUUUCCGCGUUAAAAAAAGAAAAUGAUGAGCUUCGAGCGAGGUAUCACGCCCUUGAGGGGGAUGUGAAAGCAAACCGGAUGAGCAUUGUCCAAUGCGAACAGCACUCUCGCGCCUACAACCUAGAGAUAAAAGGAAUGGCAGUUAUUGAAAACGAGGAUCUUCAUGCAACUUUGUGCAAGCUUGGUGAACUAAUUGGCGAACCGAUUGAUAAACAAGAUGUUGAAAUCUGUCACCGAGUCCGCACACGAGAACUAAACAAGCAAAAUAUUAUCGUGCAGUUCGUACGAAGAGAGAAACGCGAAAAGGUGCUUGCAAAAGCCAGGAAAAAGCGACUCACGAACAAAGACUUCGGAUUAUCGACUGACAACGCGGUCUUUGUAAACGAGCAUUUGUGCCCGACCUUGAAGAAACUACUUGGAAAGGCCACUGCAAAAAAGCGAGACGCGGGAUGGAAAUACGUGUGGGUGCGAAACAGCAAGAUUUGGGCCCGUAGAUCUGAAACCGCAGAUAUCGUAUCGAUAGAACACGACGGUGAUCUCGACAAGAUUUGCUAA